AUGUCGACCACAGUUCGCAUCCUCAAACCCAAUACGCGGGAUCAAGCUCUCUCAUAUGCUUGCGAAAGUAUUGCACAGUCACGCCGCGACUCACAAGACAAACCAGGAAUUCGAUAUGUCAACGUCUCAACCUUCCAUGGCUUAGAUUUUCGGAUGGAGCUUGUCUGCCAAUCCCGAAAGCAUAUAGAGCCAGAGGCCGUGUGGCUAUACGUCGUCAGCACCAACCUCGAGGCGGCCAUCCUUGAACGACGACUGAAGCUACAUCUAUCGAUCUUUCGCUCAGAGGACAUCCGUCUAGGCCCGAGCCCAGAGAUCGCACCCGGCGGCAUCGCGAUUCUCACCUUUGAACAAGUGAUUGAAAUCCUUGAGGAUGCCAAGUCCCGGGAAAUCCUCAUCUCCCGGCCUCUGAUCGUGUUUGUCGAGCCCGAAGCUUCCCCCUCGGCGUCAGGCAUGGUGGCAGCCCUGGCCAUCAAUCGUGUGCUCGACUGUACGAGAGAUCAGCACGGCAGGACAAAUAAGGACUACCUGGUUGUCAUGAUAGGUAUUCCAAUUGCCGUCCGUGAUCCUUGGACUAUGGUGAUUAGUUCCGACUCACCUGGCUUCGAAGUGAACUCCGACAGCGAGGCCAACCAAGUGGUGUCGUCAAGGGUACAUGCCAUAACAAGCUCCAAUCGGGAGGAACUCAGUGCGUUUCAAGUUGCAGCGAGCUUUCCAAAGAGGGUCCUGUCGUUCUUGACGGAGAAGGCAACGACCGACUUCUUUUCCCAAAUCCGGACGACUGAAUCUCUCGAGCCCGGCCCGGUUCUCGUGGCCAACACCGAAGUAAAAUACGCUAUUCAACGCGUCUUCUCGCACGACCAGGCGGUCACCUGUAUCAACCCACUGGACUUCGGUCUGUUGCCAUUCAGUGGAAUCACUGGCGUUCUCUUGGGAGGAUGUAGACCACGUCGAACGAUGAUCAACUCCCACCCCGUGGAAGACCAUGCAACUUACAGCCAUAGCGAGCUCCUCAUCCAGGUCGCCUAUACAUCGCAAAAGCCCGAUGCACCUUUCACAUCGAGGUCACCCAUAGUUGAAGAUGUGUGCGUUGAAUGGAAGAUUGCUGGGGACGAGACCAUGCUCUUCUUGUUCAAGCUGAUACGGACCAUGGAGCGCCUUCCCGCGCCUGAUAUCCCGGCCUUCAAAUGCUGGAGACGAUGCAUGGAAGGCAAGUUUGUACGGCAUCACUGGCUUACCGCGCCGGUCAUUCCUGGCAUAGAGGACUCGAUGGUGUUCCACAUGAUUGAACGCCUCACAUAUAUGGGAAUAUCGGAUGCUGGAAGGUUGAACAAGCCCGUCGCUGACAGGAUUGCUGUCCUUGCGCAACUGUUCCCGGAUUCGUUCAAUGUCGCUCACCUAAUCGCUCAGACACACAAUGUCAGUCCUGAAAUGGCCACUACGAUCAUCACUUUGGGAGUAAUUGCGUAUCAUCCAACUCAUGUGUGCUGUGACGAAGGACGAGACUACUCCACCGAGGAGUUUACCGAAACAUACAAUUCCAUUACCAACGGCGUGUACAAGCCGCACAUCAACAGGGGCUAUCUGUGGAUAGCAGCAGCCUUGUUGGAGUCGAUCCACCGGGAGGGCGCCCUGGAAGAUGGCAAAGGGGUAUAUUAUUUCCGUAGCACCGAGGAAAGCAAGCUUGGUAUUCUCUACGAAGAGGGUCGGAAGGUGAUGAGCAAAAUCAAAGCGGUCCACGAUGUCCUCGGUUUGCCUGUUGCACCCAGGACCAUACUCUCAUACUCCGACGUUGACAUGAUCGAGGACCGCCUGUUCAAGGCCUUUCUUGACAAGAUUCUUAUACUCCACGACAAAGGCCAGUCCUCAUACCAUCCCAUGUCGCAUCAAAGUUUCGUCCCCUUUCCAGGCAUAUGGCCCAGAGAAAUGACCUUUGCGGACAAUGGAUUGGGGAUAGCUUUCGCGCUCUACUUUUACAAGGGUAAUGGAUGUGAGCUUUUUGCACAGAAACUCACCUGGCUCACACGGAGGACUCUUGAUAUCAUCAUAGAGGAGGAUACUUUAUUGGAAAUGAUAUGA